AUGCUGAACCCGCGCCUUCCGCCUCUGCUGCUCCUGCUGGCGUUGGCGCUGGUGAUGUCGACGCUUGCCAACCACUCCCAGACCACGUGGUCCGUGGAGCCCCGUGAGGCCCCCAGCGCCCCGACAAGUCCAGCCGCCGCCGCCGCCGCGGCCACCACGCUGCCCAGUCUGCAGGAGCGGGCCCUGGCCCUGAUGCGGGACUUCCCGCUCAUAGACGGCCACAACAACCUGGCCCAGGUCCUGAGACAGCUGCACCAAGGCCGUUUGGGGGACAUCUCCCUGCGCGACUUCCACGGGGCCCAAACCAGUCUGGACCGCAUGAGACGAGGCCUUGUCGGUGCCCAGUUCUGGUCAGCCUACACCCCAUGCCAGACCCAGGACCGUGACGCUGUUCGCCUCACCUUGGAGCAAAUUGACCUCAUCCACCGCAUGUGUGCCUCGUACUCUGAGCUAGAGCUGGUGACCUCCGUCCAAGCUCUGAAGGAGUCUAAGAAACUGGGCUGCCUCAUCAGCGUGGGAGGCGGCCACUCACUCGAUAGCAGCCUCGCCAUGCUUCGUGCCUUCUACCUGCUGGGCGUGCGCUCACUGAUGCUCACACACACCUGCAGCACACCUUGGGCUGAGAGCUCCACAAAGGAUACACACACUAUCUAUGCCAACGUCACUGGGCUGACCAGCUUCGGAGAGAAGGUGGUGAUCGAAAUGAACCGUCUGGGUAUGAUAGUGGAUUUGUCUCACGCCUCCGACGUCACAGCCCGGCGGGCCAUAAAAGUAUCCCAAGCACCUGUCAUCUUCUCCCACUCAGCUGCUUGGGGUGUGUGCAAGGACAUGCGGAAUAUUCCAGAUGAUAUUCUGAAGCUGCUGAAGGAAAACAGUGGCAUCGUGAUGGUAUCUCUGUCUGUGGGGGUCCUGAGCUGCCGUAGGUUGGCCAACGUGUCCACUGUGGCGGAUCACUUUGACUACAUCCGGGCAGAGAUUGGCCCCGAGUUCCUGGGGAUUGGUGCGGACUAUGACGGGACUGAUCGCUUCCCUCAGGGGCUGGAGGAUGUGUCUACAUACCCCGUUCUCAUAGAGGAGUUGCUGAGGCGUGGCUGGAGUGAGAAGGAGCUUCAGGGGGUCCUGCGAGAAAACUUGCUUCGGGUUUUCAGCCAGGUGGAACAGGUACGAGACAUAAAGAACAGACAGAGCCCUUUGGAGGAUGAGUUCCCGGAUGAUGAGCGAGACAGCACUUGUCACUCUGUCCUUGGGAAUCAGAAUCUAGACCUAUCCCAGGAGUCAACCUCACCCACCAAAGUAUCCCCCAAGCAGCCAUUUUCCAGCGCUGCUCCCAGAGUGCCCUUAGACUUCUUCAUUCUGGCUGUCUUCCCCAACCUCAUUUUGUGGGUCAGAUAACCCACUUAGUCCUACCACAUGG